AUGGCAAAAUUCAUCUUCACCCCUUGGAAACACCACUCUGACCUCCUUACCGUGCGGAGCCAAUUCUACCCAGACCCGGAAUAUGACGGGCCAGACAUGCGCUCGGCGGCAUGCGCUACAGUUGGGGCAUGGAAACUGCGCGGUACACUUCCACACCCCGUUGAAGCAACGGCCCUUCUAACAGACGCGAUCCUGCACGACGACGCGCGGGAAAACUCUGUGUUUUCCAUCAGGGCGACAUACGCGGCUGCUUUUUGUCGAUUCGUGACCGGCCUCGUCGACUCAAAGCUCUACGCUGGCCAGCGCAAGACGAUGUUCGCGCGUGCGAUGGAACUGGGUCUACCAGCCUCAUUUGUCGAGCUGCGUCAUGAGGCAACGCAUCGCGAAUUGCCUAGUUUGACUGUGCUACGGAACUCAACGCAGAGGUCGUUGGAGUGGCUGUGGGGGUUCUAUUGGGGGAGAGUUGAUGCUGUUUCGGGGCCGAUUUCUGGGGGUCCGGGUUUAUUCGAUUCGAGCCUAAGUGCAGAGGCUAUUUAUGAUGGCGAGGACGCGCUCAGGGGAUCAUUGAAGGGGAUCUUGGAGCAGGCCGCGGCCGUGAUUGAGGUUGAAGCAGAUGGUGACGAGCCGCCGAGGAAGCGGAGGAAGAAGGUGCAGACGAGAUUGGUGGGGACUGCGGAGCAGGUUGUUUCUGUGCUCAAGCGGGUGACGGACGGAUCGAGGAUUCUUGCGGAGGUUUUGCUACAGGAUAGGAUUUUGAUCCCGCGAGGGAGAAGCCUCGACGACUCUCUAACAGAAACAAUCACAAAUUGGGAGCCGCUCUUACUGAUGAUCACAGAAGGACAUCCCUCCUUCCUUACCACAUUUACAGGGACAAUGGCCGACGAACUGGCCUUUACGAGAUCAUCAGAACCCAAGAAAGAUGCUUACUGCGAUGCGACAUUCAAAUGGCUGGACCAUAUCCUUCGCUCGACGCAGUGGGAGUCAGCCAGGCGAACUAUGUCAACUUCAUACAUCGCUACCGUUUGCGACGAGAGCUCGAAUUAUUGGACGGCUUUAUUGAAAAAGAGUAUUGGGACGAAAGACAAUAUUUCACCGAACAUUACUCAGAGCGAGAAUACCUCUACACAUCGAUCAUCUGCAGGUGACUCGAUACCGGAUAUAGAUGAGGAUUUGAAGAUGUUGAGUCAACAUGGCUGGGGAACGGCAGAUACUUGGGAUAGUCGGCAACCUAUAGAGACAGCUUAG